UACAAAACGUAUGACUGAAUUUUUCAGUGGCGGUGUGUGCGCGCACAGCGCCCGCUCUGGCCGCCCAUCGAACAGUUUCCGCUGUUUACUGCCCGUCAGUGUUUGGCUUAUUAGCUCGUUCUCCUCUAUGCUCCAGCUGCGGCCGGUGGAGGAGGAUGAAUCAGCUGCUGAGAGUCUGGAGCUGAACCGAGCUGUGGCUGACAAUGACCAUUUCCUGCUGGCCAAGCUACUUUCACAAGAACGUUACAGGAAGUGCAUUAAUCAGCAGAGCGGUUGGGGGAUCCCAGGUACCCCGUUACGUAUGGCUGCGUCAAAAGGUCACCUGAGGUGCCUGCAGUUGCUCCUGGCCCAUGGGGCAGAGGUAGACCGACUUGAUGUUAAAGCCCAGACCCCUCUUUUCACUGCUGUGUGUGGGCGUUACCUGAGCUGUGUGCUCGCACUUCUCCGUGCCGGAGCUAAUCCAAAUGGAAGUCAUCUGAACAACAGCUCGCCCGUGCUCACUGCCGCUCGAGAGGGUGACCCGGAGAUCCUCCGCCAGCUGCUUCAGCAUGGGGCGGAGGUCAACGCCAGGUCAAAGGUUACGCUUUGGGCCUCAGGGGUUGCUGUGUGCAGUGGCCCGCUUUACCUGUCAGCCAUAUAUGAACACCUGGAUUGCUUCAAAAUGUUGCUGUUAUAUGGGGCAGAUCCGAACUAUAACAGUCCGGAUGAGAAUGUGAUCGGCAGAGGCACGCAGCAGAAGACAGUCCUGGAAUUGUGUUUGAGACACGGCUGUGGAGUCGAAUACAUUCAACUGCUCAUUGACUUUGGGGCAAACGUCUACCUGCCGACCCUCAUCAUAGAAAAGAGCACCAAACAGAAUGAAGCUCUUGAGCUGUUGCUGAAAGAGCGAGGGUGUCCGAAGACUCUUGUCUCUCAGUGUAGAUUGGCUAUUCGUAGACACCUGAUACAGGUGAACAAGAUUCAUUCUUUGGACUCUCUGGAGAUUCCACCCAGGCUCAUCGACUAUCUCAAACACAACCCUGUGAACAGUGCAUUGGUUUACUGACAAAACAGAGUACUCCACUGUGCCUUUACUAAAGGACAGACUCAUUUAUUCACACACAGACUGGACAGGUGGACCAUACAGACAUCAGAGGGAGCGAAACAGACAGAAGAUCUGGACUUAUGAUGUGGACUCAUUCGUAUGCAAUCUCACAGACAGACCGAUACACUGCUAACAUCCCUGGUUUACAUAAAUGGAGUGUGUUAAACAUCCUCAUAAAUUAAUUUGCUGUAAUUUCCUUCAAAAUUGAAAGUGUAUAUUACCAGAAGUGUUGUUGUAAAUUCUCUUAAACUAUGCAUUGUCGUAAAGUCUGUUCUGCCUUUUCAAGAUCAUGUGGAGGUUUUAGUUUCUCAUACCAAAUUCAGCAAUGAUUUUUACAGAAUCAUUAGCGUUUUGUUUAUCAGUAGCAGCUUGAUGAAGCAUGUAAAAAUGUUCAGAACUGGCUUAUUAAUCUUAAUAAGAUAUAUAAACUCCAUUGUGAUGUGCUUGUAUCAGUGAAUCCAUUGUUUAGAACAUAUAGACACUUCCAACAGAUCAUGUCACGUAACCUCCAUUGUGCAGGUAGCAUGUAAUGGAGAUCAUUCUGUUCCUGUGAGGUUAAAGACUUCAAAAUGAACAUCAGUUCCAGAGCUAGUCCUCAGAAGGAUUUAUAGCAUAAGUAUUAAAGUAUAACAGUCUUAUGCUAAAUGGGGUUUACAAUACAGAUGCAGGUGUAUUUUGAAGAUGUAAUUCUAUGGAUGGCGUCUGGCUUGUUAUUUUGUUCAUAAAAUUGAACUGCUGAACAUCA